AUGUCUUCUGGCAGAAGGAACUGGUCUGAUCUCUCCAGCCUGGCCAGGCAGAGGACCCUUGAGGAUGAGGAAGAGCAGCAAAGGGAGCGCCGUCGGAGGCACCGGAGCCUGCUGUCCUCUACAUCAAUGGAUGAAGAACCUCCUAGCCCGGUGAAAGAUACUAGUCCAGCUUCUAGCAGACCUCAAUCCCUGGUGAAGUCAGUGUCCCUCGAGUAUGAGGAAGAGGAUAAUCUCUCAGAGGUGCUGAGGACACAAAAAGGGAGACAGACAAGGUCCCCGAUGGCCAUCUCUCAGAAGCUGAGGCAGGAGAAGGAACAGCAGGAGCCAGGGGUAGGAGCAAGCCAUGCCAAGAGAGGGACACAGUGGCGUGUGGGACAGGAGAGCAUCCAGGCUGGAGAGCGGGAUCAGGAUGCAGCCAAGGGCAGAGGGAACUCACCAGGAGACCAGCACCGGGAGCCGGCCUCAGAGUGCAAGAUGGUGGUGAGGGGACAUCUCCAGGACAAAGAGGGACAAGGUGUGGAGACGUCUCGGGGGAAGCAGAGGAAGGAGGUGGGGGAACCACAGCAGCGGGCAUCGCCAGAGGUGGGGGGCUGCCGACUGCGCGAAGUGAAGAUCCUGACCAGACAGGGAAGCCGCAGCAUGGAGGAGAAGACGGCCUCGGUGGUGAUAUUGCCUCUGGACCAGCAGCAGCCAUCCAGGAAUUCCUCAAAGGAGGUAAUACAGCUGUCUCCCACCCAAGCUGAACCUGCAAAGUCAAAUACUUCUCCCACUCAUGUCACCUACAGCAGCUCCAUCAGACGAACCAGCCCAAGAACUGUCUCCUUUCGGGUCAUCUCAAGAAAACUGCAAGAAGAAAGCCAAAGCCCGCUCACAAGGAGUGCAAGUCUGAGGAUCCCUGGGAGCAGCACCACCAUUGGGGAGAAGCUGGAAAAGUACAACUCGGCUGUGCAGCGCUCAGAGGUGGUGAAAUCAACCCUGACUGUUCAGAAGAGCCUCUUGCUGUCCUCGGAGGGGGUGGCCAGCAAGCGCAACUUCUUUGAGGCAAGCGCUCCCAGCAAGGCUGAGCCACUGGCUGUCAGGAAGGACAACCUGAAGAUCCCAGGUUCGGUGACAUCCCGCAUUAAUCUGUGGAUCAGCCGAGCUCAGGAGCCUGCCAAGGAGGAAAAGAGCAAGGACAUCAGGAAAAUAAACAGCCUGACAAACCGUGAUGUCUGGGUAAAGCAGCCUGGAGACACCAAGGUAGACAUGGACCUGCUUUGA